CUCACUUUUCGCACUUCGCCUUCUAGAGCUUUCACAGGUCAAAUUCCUCUCUCUCGCUAUCCAGCCCUCCGAGCCAAGUAAGUUUCCCCUUCCUUCUCUACUUUCCCGGUCAUGUCUUCUCUUAGCGAUAGGAUCUGUUCCUUAGAGGACUGCUCCUCUGAGGACUCAAACUCCUCUUCUUCGACCGGGUCUUCUUCUCUUGACUCCACGCCCGGUCAGGUUCCCAACUCCUCUAUUCCCGACCCGCAUCCUGUUAACCAGAUGCCCGAUGAAACUUUCGUGGGGAGGGAUGACCCGGUUGAUGACGAACCGGGUCCCUAUGACCCUGAACACGAAACCCGGGAUGCGUGGGAGGAGCGGCUUCAUGCUGCCGGUUACUUUCCGCUCCCCACCUUCUAUGUCCUUGACAUCCCUUCCCGUGUAUCCAAAAUCGCCUUGAACAAAAUUCGUAGGAGGCUCCCGGAUGGGUACACCCUCCUGUAUGAGCCCAACUGGCCCAACAUUGUCGAACCCCACCGGGAGGACAGGAUAGGGUUCCACCCCAUAUCCCUGGAUGCGGGCAUAGUUUUUCCCCUUCGCCCCCUCCUAACCGAAGUAUGCUAUGCGUUUAGGAUUUUGCCCGGUCAAAUAACACCUAACGCCCACCGGUAUCUCCAUUCCUUUGUAAAUAUUUGUACCCAUCUGAAAAUCUUCCCCUCUUUGCGUCUUUUCCUUUUUUGCUUUGAAGUCCUACCGGGCGGGACUGGCUGUGAAGGUUUUGUGUUCUUCAAAGCCCGUACCGGUAGGAAGUUCAUCUCCGAAGUCCCCCAAAGUAACCGGGGAUGGAAGAAAAAAUUUGUUUUCAUUGAGUUUCCCCCAUUCGUCACCCCUUUCGCCGGUCUCAAAUGGAACGACCAUCUCCUUGACCAAGAGUACGCUGCACCGGCUUCCUCCCCUGACUUGGAAGCAAGUCUUGAGGUCCUUAUGCGUGGCGAUCCAUACACCGGGAGGGUCUUCCACUAUGGCAACUGGGUCUGGAGGGUCGAGUCGGGUGGUGAGGGUACCUCCCAGGCCCAUGAAGCAGCGGGGCGCAGGGUACCCUCCCCGGGCAACACUGCAGAGGCUGAGGGCCAAAACCACCCAGAUAUGGAGUUCGAGGAGUUCGCCAUCCCUGACGACCAACCAGCGGGAGAGACCGGGGGCUCCCAAGCCAACCCCGGCAGAACCUUCCCGGUCCACCAAGAGACCGUGGAGAUUCUGGAUGAGGACGAGCCCCAAGACAACCGGUCUAAGGGGAAGGAAAAGGAAAAGCCCGGUCGUCGGAUGAAGAAGGUGGCCACCACGCACCCUUCUUACACCAAGAAGAGGGCAAAAUCGGAUCCUGAGCCGGCCGGCCAGACCAUUGAAGAGGCCUUCAUUAAUCUGGGGCUGAGGCUGAAGGAGGUAAGUCCUGUUGCUUCCCCGGUUUUGACCUUCUUAUUCCCUCGACGGGAAUCUUACCGGUCUAUUUUUCCUUUUGCGCAGGCGGGGGAGAUCAGACCCCUCUCAGCUGACCGGCUUGGUUUGGGCUCUUCUUCGGAGUUUGCCCUGCUGAAGAAGGAGAAGGAGGAGAUGGCUCUCAUCCUGAAGAGCCAAGCUGAUGAGCUGACCAGGCUAUCCGGGCUGACCGGGUCGAUGAGGGCGGAGAUCUCUCACCUCAAGGAAGAGAAUGGCCGGCUGAUGGACGCGGUGUUUGAAGCCAAGAGGGAGAUGGCGGAUAAGGAAGAAACCUUCCCCGGGCGUGCAGCUGCCUGGGUGGAAGAGAACAACGCUGAAGCUGCCCGGGUGAUGACGGUGACUCCCGAGACCACGAUGGAGUCCUUCAGGCUUUUAUACCGGGAGCCUGAAGGAAGGAAGAUGAUUACCGUGAUUGGAUCCUUCGGAUUCAAGAGCGGGCAAAAGAAGGACCAGAUCGCCUCUCACCAGGUACUGCUCAGAAGAGAUCCGGACUUCACCGCUGCAUCCUACGGCCUGGCCUCAAUCCCGGAAGAAGAGCCGACUCCCCCCUUCCCCCUUGACUAAUCUCCCCGGUUGCGCCCGGUUAUUCUUGUAAAACAUGGCACAAAAAUUUCCCCGGGCAUGCCCGGCGUAUUUGUAAACAUUUGACAUUUCCAAAUUUAAAUGCCAUGCUUGUUCCGUUUGAAUGCCAUGUUUAAUUUCCUUACCGGUGAAUCUUCCAUAUAUGCUUGCUUGUUGAUUUAUACUUUGCUCUUGCUUCUUAUAAAUUCUGACCGGUAGCCCAAUCAGACCACUUCUCAAUUGUUUCUGAAGAAUUAACUCGAGUAACUUUG